AGUAGUGGAGCGCUGAGAGAGAGAGAGAGAGAGAGAGAGAGAGAGCGAGAGAGAGAGAGAGAGAGAGAGAGAGGUGUAGGAGGAAUGGAGGGAGAGUAGAGGAGUAGAGGAGAACAUGCUCGCGCUGAGAGAAGAGAAGAAGAGGAGAAGAAGAAGGACUGUUUUCCUUCUGAUUCCAGACUGAGAGGAGGAUCUUCUGGAGUUCUGAGAGAGAGAGAAGAAGAAGAAGAAGAGAAGGAGAGAGAGAGAGAGAGAGAGAAGGAAAGAGAGAGAGCUACCACUGUCCAGCCUGGCCGAGCUCAGCUCCUACCAGCCCAGCAGGAGAGCGCUGGCCAUGCUGACGCUGGCCUUGUGGGCGUGUCGUCAUGCACAGGACCAAGUCUGACGUUUUAAUGAUGAAGAGCAGAGGGACGGGAGUAAUGGGCGGAGCCUGUCUCCAAAACGGUGUCUCCUCCCCCUGUGGAAGCCACACCUCCCUGAAGGGAGAUCCAGAUGAAGAAAGCUUAGAAGAGGUCCUCUUAGAUUUGGGGGCGGAGCCUGGGUUGAGGGUGGAGCCUGAGCUGGAAGUUGACGUGAGAUUGGAGGAGGAGAACAGCAGCAGCAGUCUGCCGGAUUCCCACAGCCCCGCCCCCACAGCUGGCUCUACAGACCUGUCUCAGGCGUCUCCCCCGUCCCUAUCAGAGCAGCUCAUGUUGGGUCGAGAUGAAGCUUCAGGGAUAAAUGUGGAAUGCCGGAUUUGUGGAGAUAAAGCGUCUGGAUUUCAUUAUGGAGUUCACGCGUGUGAAGGCUGCAAGGGUUUUUUCCGGCGGACGGUGAGGAUGAAGUUGGAGUAUGAGAAGUGUGAGCGCAGCUGUAAGAUUCAGAAGAAGAGUCGUAAUAAGUGUCAGUACUGCCGCUUCCAGAAGUGUGUGAUACUCGGCAUGUCCCACGAUGCGAUCCGGUAUGGUCGUAUGCCCGAGGCUGAGAAGAGGAAGCUGGUAGCCGGGCUGUUGGCCAGUGAAACGACGGGAUCUCUGAACUCCAGCAGCUCCAACCUCAAAACUCUGGCCAAGCGCGUGAACAACGCCUACCAGAAGAACCUCAACAUGACCAAGAAGAAAGCUCGCAGCAUCCUCACCGGCAGAACCAGCUCCAGCCCGCCGUUUGUGGUUCAUGAUAUGGAUUCGCUGUGGCAGGCUGAGAAUGGUCUGGUGUGGAAUCAGCUGGUGAAUGAAGCUCCGACUCAUAAGGAGAUUGGAGUUCACGUGUUUUAUCGGUGUCAGUGCACCACUGUGGAGACGGUUCGAGAGCUCACCGAGUUCUCCAAGAGCAUCCCGGGAUUCGCCGACCUCUACCUCAACGACCAGGUGACGCUGUUGAAGUACGGGGUGCACGAGGCGAUCUUCGCCAUGCUGCCGUCUCUGAUGAAUAAGGACGGGCUGCUGGUGGCGAAUGGGCGGGGCUUCGUGACGCGAGAGUUCCUGCGCAGUUUGAGGAGACCCUUCAGCGACAUCAUGGAGCCCAAGUUUGAGUUUGCGGUGAAGUUUAACGCUCUGGAGCUGGACGACAGCGACCUCGCGCUGUAUGUGGCCGCCAUCAUCCUCUGUGGGGACCGACCAGGACUUAUGAACGUGAAGCAGGUGGAGGAGAUCCAGGACAGCAUCCUGCAGGCUCUGAACCAACACCUCCAGACCACCCACCCAGAAAACACCUACAUCUUCCCCAAACUGCUGCAGCGGAUGGCCGACCUGCGGCAGCUGGUGACGGAGAACGCUCAGCUCGUCCAGACCAUCAAGAAGACGGAGUCUGAGACGUCUCUGCACCCGCUGCUUCAGGAGAUAUACAGAGACAUGUACUGAACACACACACACACACACACACACACAUACAUACGGACUGAAGAGGUUACUGAAGAGACUGAGAGUGUGUGUGAGGAAGCGUAAAGUGUGUGUAUGCUUGUUGUUUUAGUGCGUUACUGGACCCUGAAAAAAAAAAGACUAGAAAAAUGAAAGACUGUGUUUCCAUCGUUGGAUAAAAUUCACUAUUUUUGUAAAAAGUUUGAACUCUGAAUCUGAUUGGCGGUCGCCUUCCGCCCUCCGGAGCCUCCAGAGCCUUCCUCCAUGGAUCUAUGCAUCUUCAAGUGUCUGAAGCACAUGCUGCACUAGCUUAGCUUAGCACAGAGUAGCUU